CUUUUGACCUGUCUUUGCAAUAAAAAAAUAAAAUAAAACAUAUAAAACCAAACAAAAUACCCAAAGAAAGAAUUUUACUAACAAUAAAAAAAGGUAAAGAGAAAGACAGGUCAGCUAGGCUUAGGUAGAGAGAAAUCCUAAACGAAGACGAAGAAAAACUACAGAGCAGAGACUAGAAGAAGAAGCUGAAGACUCUCAUCUUCUGUAAUGAAAGGUAAAUCACCAGACCUUGAAUCCACCGGGUCUGGCACAACUACAAAGCGAUCAAGCGUCUCAUCAGGAAGCCGAUCUCGCAUCCGACGAGAGUUCCUCACCAGGUUCACCAGCAGCCAGCAUUUCACUGGCAAGCUCCAAGACUGGUUCUCUCUAUCACUACAAAACUCAGAGAGCAAUGAACCGGUUUUCGACCCUCCUUUUGAGCUCGUCGAGCUGCAAAAGUUCGACUACGCGCUGGAAGGAGUCUCCUUCCAGCAGCUAACUCGAAUGCCAAACGCCGUUUACGCAUCAACCUCCACUUCUGUGGAGGCAAAUGCAUAUCUAGCAAUAGAGGAUUUUCUCCACGCAACGGUCAAGACCCUGUGGGAGGCGUUUUGGAGCCAGGAGGACGAGCCUGUUCCUUUCUCCGUGGGCUGUCUGUACAAUCAGAAUCUUAAGUUUUACCAAGCUGAGCAAGCGUUAGCUCUCGGGAAGCUCGAGGAUCUUUCAGCAACCGGCGUUCUGUUAAAGAAUCCACGUCAUCCGCACGGGAAGUGGGAUCACAUUCUUGAACUCGCUCUCCUAAGACCUGACAUUGAGAGCGAUCAUCAUCAACCUUCGUUACCUCUCUUAGGGGAGGCUCUUUUCUAUGCUUUGCGUAUACUCAUAGCGAGAAGCGUCAGCCGUUUGGAUUUCUCUCAAAGCUCAAACUGUGUCUUCAUCCUCGUGGCUGAUACGCAGUACGGCUGCGUAGUGAAAGUGGAAGGGGACGUGAGUAAACUCGACUUCGACGUGAACAGUGUUUAUGACUGCGCUGCGGAGUGGAUUAAAAACCAUUCCAAGAUCUCAGUGUCGCCGGUUGACAGGAUAUGGAACAAGCUGGGGAAUGCAAACUGGGGAGACAUUGGUACUUUGCAGGUAGUCUUUGCUACGUACCACAGUAUAAUGCAGUUCUUUGGACCGCCUAGGCACUCUAUUGAAGACUUAGCCGCUGACCACACCUCUCGCCUUCACUCAAGAAGACAGGAGAGGCACUUGGGGGAGGAUAGUAGUCUCAACGAAAACGGUGCGUUUAGGUCUCCUGAAAUCGUCGAAGUUCAAGAAGAACAAGAAGAGCGUGGAGAGUCUAUGAAGCUUGAAGUUGGAUCUGUUCUGUGGUUGGAGGAUUCAAACUACCAAAAAGGCUAUCAGAUUAGCCACGUGUCUCUUCCUCAUCACAUUGCAUCACCAGUGGAGGAUGACGACGACUCAGGAAGGGCUGUGUUUCUCUACGUUGGCUCUCCUCCUUCUCAGCUUGAGCCUGCUUGGGAAGACAUGAACUUAUGGUACCAAGUGCAAAGACAGACUAAAGUAUUAAGCGUUAUGAAGCAGAGAGGGCUCUCUAGCAAGUACUUGCCAGAGCUCCACGGCUCUGGUCGGGUAAUUCACCCGGGGCAAUGCCAGAAACCGAGCUCAGGUGGACGUUGUGAUCACCCUUGGUGCGGAACUCCCAUCCUUGCGACCACUCCCGUCGGCGAGACGGUCGCUGAUUUGGUGAAUGAAGGCAUGUUUGGACCAGAAGAAGCUAUCAGAUGCUGCCAUGAUUGUUUAUCUGCGCUCUCCUCCUCUUCUUCAGGUGGGAUUCGCCACGGCGAUAUCCGACCGGAGAAUGUGGUUUAUGUUACCUCUGGUGUGAGGCUACCUUACUUUGUAUUAAUAGGUUGGGGUCACGCGGUGCUCGAGGAUAGAGACAGACCGGCGAUGAAUCUUCACUUCUCAUCGACUUAUGCACUCCAAGAAGGGAAGCUUUGUGCUGCCUCUGAUGCGGAGAGCUUGAUCUACAUGCUUUACUUCUGUUGUGGAGGGGACUUGCCUGAUUUGGAUUCGGUUGAAGGAGCUCUUCAGUGGAGAGAGACCUCUUGGUCCAAGAGGUUGAUACAGCAGAAGCUUGGUGAUGUCUCCACCAUUUUAAAGGCCUUUUCUGAUUACGUUGAUAGUCUGUGUGGGACACCGUAUCCUUUGGAUUGUGACAUUUGGUUGAGGAGAUUGAAGAGGAAUCUUUCGGAAGAUCAUGGGAAAGAUAUCGAAACUUCAGGCUAAAGCCCAUGUGAGUGUGUCUUUAUAUUAAACAUUCUUUUCAGGUGCUGCUCUCUGCUUUAACCUGUCCGAGAGACUGGAGAAGCUUCACUAGAUGAGACGUAUCCUACGGUUUUGGGACCAUCUUGUAUAGGUAUCUUUGGGAUGUGGAUUAGAUUCUGUGUUUGCCUUCAGCCUGUUAAUGUUCUGUUCCUUUUCUUCAUUAUUGUUAUUAUUGUUAUCUUGAAAGUGAUUCUCUAUUAUUUCAUUGUAAUGAUUCUUGUAUGCUCUAUCCGUCAGUAUUUUUUUUA